AUGGAAAAAAAGCAGCUCACGGGCAAAUGGAAACAACUGGGCACACACACCGAGCUGUUCGAAUGGGCAGCGUCACGAUUGUGCACGACAAAAGACGAAUUUGACGCUGUUGGCGAACGAGAACUUGUGGUACUUCAGGUUUUUGACUGCAAGGAGCUUUUGCGUAAUUUUCUUACGGCUGCUGCUUACGGAGACCUAGUUUCGAUCUCUUGCGACGGCACUUAUCGGUUAACAGACGCUGGUUGGACUUUGAUUAAUCUCGGUGUAGUUGGUGUGAUUUACGAUGAAAAGGAACGCCAGUUCCACCAGCGAUUUUACCCCUGUGCGUUUGGAUUUGUUCGUACGGAGUGCGAGUUGGCUUAA